GCCAAAGCUUUCGCAUGGCCUCCCUCUCCCGCUAUUUCCUACUCCAAUCCCUUGCUAGUGUUCUGCUGCUGGCCACGAUUUCUAUGCGCGCCACUGGCGAGCGACCGGUCCCUGGCCAAUGGUCUUCGGCUGCCAAUGCUGCAGAGCCGGGAGACAGCCGAGCACGUCUCCUCGCCCUGCAGGUCCGGCGCAAUAUGGCGAUGGUGUCCACCGCGCCGCCUUCCUCGCCACCAGUUCUUGAGCCGGAAGUAACCAUGACACUGCUAAAGCCCGAGCUCUUCCUACCCAGAAACCGGAGCGUAGUGCCUCCCAUAGUCGUUCAUACCCCUUCUCCGGACUUUCAGACCACCGCUCGUGGGUGGGCGUGCGCAUCUCUCAUUCGCGACUUCACGUUUCAUCCUACCGAUGAUACCCAGAUGUACUUCAUUCUUGACGAGUUCUGUGUAAGAAGAGAUGAAGAUGGAGUUGUAAGUCGGCGGUUUUCGAUCCGAAAAGCCGAUCUUGCGCGGGCGCGCCAAGGUUUCAAAAAUAGCUCGGUACUCAGCUAUUGGUGGCCGUAUGGCGCAGGGAGCGGCCUGAGCGAAACAUCUGACUUUGUGUGGAAGAAGAAUAUAACUGACAACAUAUCAAUGGCGCUCAUGUUUGGUCUCGACGUGAACAGAAAAGGAGACCAGCUGGUCACAGCGGCAACACCGAGGAUUGGGACUCAGUCCAGUAUCGUCUGGGUUUCCACGGCGACUGGCAAUCGAACGAGCGUGGCCAUAAAUGCGGACGCCGUAUGGAGCGUGGCAUUCAAUCCGAAGAAGACGGAACUGUUCGUCUCAGACAUCGCCCGACCCGUUCGGAUUCUGUCGAUGGCGGUCGCAGAGUCCGGGAGGCUGGACGCCGGCCCGGGAUGGAACGAAGUCUGUAAUUUCUCCAGCGGCGAUCCCAACGUUUCAUUCGCUGGAUUCGACUCAAGUAGCUUUCUGCCGGACGAGAGCUGCCUUUAUUUCACCGAUAACAAUUAUAACCGGGUUUGGGCAAUAGAUCUUAGCUCCCCGUCCCCGAGUGCCGCUCUUGUGGCCGGAUCUGGCUACAGCGGGUCCGUCGAUGGCGAUGGUCCCAAAUCUCAGUUCAAUUCCGUGGCGAGCGCAGUAGCGACACCGGACGGAUGUAACGUCUUUGUUACCGAGCUUGGGAGCGGUUUUCUUCGGUGGCUGAAGCUGGACGCGCCCUGCAGCUCGGCCACCAGCGUACAGAAGGUCGCCAGAUACAGUGCCGGCGCGUUGUGGGGAUUGGCGCUUCGGCAAUCCGGGGGCCAACUAAGUCUGUACGUCGGAGCGUCCGAUGGUUCCGUGUUCGAGCUGACAAUCAACAAUUCGCAGCUCCACUCUUGCGCGCCUACUCCUCCCCCGCUCGUCCCGUCCUCCUCCCCACCUCCCUCGGAUAUGCCUUCAUCUUCUGGGCCCUCGCCUUCAGGAUCUUCGCCGCUUCCCCCCAGCUCCCGAGGAACUAAUUUAGGUCUCGCGGUCGGGGUGCCCGUGUCGAUCUCAGCCUUCCUGGCGCUUGCGACGUGCCUUAGUGUCCUUGUGUACAGAGCGCGCCGGAAUGGAUUGAAACAGCCAACGGUCGAGAUUGGACGGCGCAGCAACUUCCCAACGCAGGGGGGUGAAGGUGGGGGACUUCAACCCUUGCAAGUCAGACGAUUCUUGCUGGCAGCUCUGCAGCAUUGCACAGAAAAUUUCAGCACGAACUACCGUAUCGGGGACAGUGGAGCGUUCGGAGAUGUCUACUGGGGCUCGAUCGACGAUCAGGAUUUGGCCAUCAAGUUGAUGACGGGGAAUCUGACGGAGGAAAAGAGAAGAAUGUUCGUGGCAGAAGUGAACACGUUGAGCAGACUCCAUCAUGCCAACCUUAUCAGACUGGUGGGAUUCUGUGACGAGGGGAGUCGGUCGAUCUUGGUGUACCCGUAUUUCCCGGGGGGAAGUCUGUACGCUCGCCUGCACCACAGGGAAAAGGCAGUUCCUGGAAGGCCUCUUCUCCCUCCUCUGACAUUCGUUGAGCGGAUGUGUAUCGCCUGGCAGAUUGCCAGGGGGCUCAGUUACCUUCACGGUGGAGCUGACCCGCCAAUCAUUCACCGUGACAUCAAGAGCAGCAACGUCCUUCUUGGUGAUGGCGCUGGGGAGAAGCUGCGCGUUGUGCUCGCGGAUUUCGGACUAGCGACCAUCGGAGAGAGAAUGUUUGGCGGGACAACACGGGACACCGCGGUGAAGACCUCGCACGUGGGCGGGACGCUCGGGUACAUGGCGCCGGAGUACGUGAUGAAGGGAGAAUUGUCGGAGAAGAUCGACGUGUACGCUUUCGGCGUGAUCCUUCUGGAGCUGCUUACGGGGCGAAAGGCGGCCACGGAGGCGCCCUUGGGCAACGGGGCGUGGCAGCCGCUAGCGGACUGGGCAAGGCUGUUCUUGCGAAGCGACUUUGUUGCUGGUGGAGGGAUGCCGCAUGCAAUUCUGGACUCUUGCUUGCGUGACGAGGUGGCGGGGCGCCCAUUCCAGCAGAUGACGAUGGAGACACUGCGUUUAGCGAGCCGCUGCUUGAUGAUGGAGCCUGAUGCGAGGCCAACGAUGACCGAGCUAGCGGGGAAGCUUGGGGAUCUGUUGACAGAGGCUCAAGUCAAUAUAAGGAGGGUAUGAGCGUCUGGCGCAGACCACAUGGACAGAUGCCUCUUCAGCGGAUGGAGAGGGGACUGCAGCGGAGAUGCUGAAAACUGUGGGCAAACGGGGGAAGAGAAUAGGUAGCAGAAGGACUUGUAAUGGUUGAUUGGAAGAGGAAGUAGAGAGCCUUGGGGACUAAUUACUAGUUACGAC